CUUUCUUUUUCUUUUUACUGGGGCCUCAACAAAACACCACGAAGGCACCGGAGGUGAUUCCAGUCCAGGGCCAGCGCGUCUGCUUCAGAUCCUGAUCUGCUCCCCUGUUUUUUUUUUUUUUGUGAAGCGGAGCGGAAGGUCGUAAAGGAGCUGCUCAUUGCUCAGGAGAGUUUUCUCUGCCAUGGAGCUUCAAAAACUAAAUGAUUUGGAAGCACUUUGAAGACACCUCGGCCGCUCCUCUUACCUUUUCUCCAGAUUGAUUCGGAUCUCUUCUAUUGAGCUUUUCACUUGAUGGUGAUGGAGCUCCGCAAACGGCGACGGGGUACGACCAAGGAGGAAGAGGAGGAGGAUGAGGGAAGCUCCGGAUCCGGCUCACUAGCUCCACGGUGGAGGUGGCGACGGACUGUUGCCACGGCGACAGGGCUGACGACGGCCGGCCUGCUGGCUUUGACGCAGGCCUGCUGUGUCAACGCCUUGCAUGAGAACCUGCUGUGGUUCCAACAGCUCACGGAGGUAGAGCGUGAGAUCUCCUUCCGGACCGAAUGUGGACUUUACUACUCGUACUACAAGCAAAUGUUGAACGCCCCAUCCAUACAGGAAGGAUUAUCAGAGUUGAUCCACGACAACUUGACAGAGUCCAAGAGGACCAUCAACCUCCUGCAGAGGAUGAACAUCUACCAGGAGGUCCUUCUCAGCAUUCUCUACAGGCUUUUGCCCAUACAGUCAUACCUGGAGCCCAUGUACUUCUACAUCUACAGCGUGUUCUCGCUGCAAGCGGUCUACGUGAUGGCGCUGUACCUGACAGCGUGGCUUCUGGCUGGCUCGUGGACGGCGGGCACGCUGGCCGCCAUCUGGUACAUCCUCAACAGGGUGGACACGACUCGUGUGGAGUUCACCAUCUCGCUGAGAGAAAACUGGUCUUUGCCCUUCUUGGCGCUACAGGUUGCCGCCAUCACGUGCUACCUGAGGCCUCGGCUGGGCACUUUGCAGCAGAAGGUGAUGGUGUGGUUGAUGUUCGUGUGCAGCUUGUGCUUCUGCGUGACCUGGCAGUUCAACCAGUUCAUCUUCCUGGUUCAGGCCCUCGUCGUCUACACGCUGGACUGUGUGGACGUGCUCACCACCGCACAGGUGACCACGCUGUACUUGGUCCAAGUGAGCGCUCUGCUGAGCGUCUGGCUGCUGCAGUUCUUCAACGGCAUGAUCCUGGGCUCUUUGGUGCUGAGCUUCAUCGUGGCGGCCCUCCUCGUGCGUCACGUCCAUCGUUCUCUGAAGACGGGAAGUUUUGCGGCGCGGGUGUUCAAGCUGAUUAUCCACAGCACCGCCGUCCUCCUGCUCACCUUCGCCUUCAACUUCCUGACCAAGAAAGCGCUGCGGCUGCGAUCUGACGAGCACAUCUUUAAAUUCAUCAAGUCAAAGUUUGCCCGGGGGCCGACGAGGGACUUUGACGCCAACCUGUAUCUGUGCGAGGAGGCCUUCGGUGCGCUGCCAUUGGACACUUUAGAGCGUCUGUCCGCCAGCCUCCUGCUGGGCCCCUACGCCCUCACGCUGGUGCUGAUGGGCGGCGCCCUGGCGCUGGCAGCUCUACGCAACCUCAGAACAAAAGGUGGCGCUGCGGAGAGGAAAGCGGAGGGUCCGGCGGUGGCAUCCUUUCGUCCGGACGUGGCCUACAACCUGCUGCACACGCUCUUCUAUGGCUUGCUGGCCCUCAGCACCAUGAGGAUGAAGUACAUCUGGACGGGACAUAUGUGUGCCGUGGCGGCGUACGGCGUGUGCGGGAGGGACGUCUGGGCCGUGCUCCUUCACGCGCUCCGAUGCAACACCAAAGUCACGCUGACGUUGGUCCGCUACGCCGCGCCCGCCGCCGUCUUGGCCUUCCUCUCUUACAAGUUCUGGCCCAAGAUGGUGGAGGAGCUGUCUGACUUGAGGGAGUUCUACGAUCCAGACACUGUGGAGCUCAUGACCUGGAUUAGCACAAAGACGCCGGAGCGUGCCGUCUUGGCGGGAAGCAUGCAGCUGCUGGCCGGCAUCAAACUGUGCACGGGGCGAAUCAUCACCAACCACCCGCAUUAUGAAGACGCGGACCUGAGAGACCGGACCAAACAGGUGUACCAGGUGUACGCCCGGCGCUCUCCGCAGGACGUCCACGCCAUCCUGCAAGGGCUGGGCGCCCACUACGUGGUGUUGGAGAACUCCAUCUGUUACGAGCGCCGCCACCGGCGAGGAUGUCGCCUCAGAGACCUGCUGGACCUGGCCAACGGACACAUCAUGGACGGUGAAGGGGAUAACGACGCCGACCUGGUGGCCGCCGCCCACCCGCGGUUCUGCGACGCCGUCAAGACGGACUCGCCGGAAUACGCCGCCUUGUUCAAAAGAACCUUCCAGAACAAAACCUUCCAUGUGUACCGAGUCAAGAAGAAAGCCAAGAAGAACUCGUAAGAUGACAGCAGCUGACGCACACUUUGUUCAACUGUGUGUGUACCAAGAAGCACAUAUGUUUGGCACCUGUGGACAAUGCACAAGAAAAUCCAUUCACUUUUCCUUCUUUAAAGGAGUGCACUUUGGUAUCAACUGGUGCCGUCAAUGGCUCUGGAAAUGCGAAUAUGUUGUGAGUCAGUGAUGGUGAUUUUUUUUUUUUUUUUUAAAGGUUAGAUUAAUGUGAGGUCCAAACUACAGUAUUUUACUGCCAAACAGACAAAAUAU